AUGUGGAGAAGAAAAGAGACAGAACCCACAGAUUUCACCCUGUCAGGCUUCUUCCCAGAAUUUAAACACCUCACAACCAUGAUGUUAACCAUUUUGAUCUACACGGCCGCCUUCACUGGCAACACCCUGCUAGUCCUGCUCAUUUGGUUGGAUUCACGACUUCACACCCCCAUGUACUUUCUGCUUAGUCAACUGUCCUUAAUGGAUUUGACUUUGAUCUUUGUUAUCCCCAAGAUGGUGGCCAACUUCUCUGGAUGGCAGAGCAUCUCAUUCUUGGCUUGUGGGACUCAAAUAUUCUUCUCCCUGACUGUUGCCAUUGCAGAAUGCAUCCUUAUAACUGUCAUGUGCUUUGAUCGCUAUGUGGCCAUCUGUAAUCCCCUCCGGUACCCUGUCAUCAUCAGUCCUAGGGUUUGCUUGCAGAUGAUUGUUAUGUCUUGGGCUGGAGGGGCACUUACUUCCAUGAGCCAUACUGCUUUCAUGCUGCAUUUUCAUAUUUGCAGCCCCAGGGUGAUCGCUCACUUUUUCUGUGAAGUCAUGGCUGUCCUUAGGAUUGUGUGUGAGGACAUCUCAGGCUACAAGAAGGGAGUGGUGGUGACAGGCAUACUCAUUUUGCUGCUGCCUUUAUCUCUCAUCUUGUCCUCCUAUGUUCUCAUCUUCCUUGUACUCGGGAUGAACUCCUGAGAAGGCAGAAAUAAGGCUCUGGCCACUUGCUUCUCUCACCUCUGGGUGGUGGGUCUCUAUUUUGGUCCAGGUAUAUGUAUCUUCACGAAAACUGGCUCUGCCAAGACUCCAAAGUUGAAUCAGGGUCUUUUUCUGUUUGAACUUAUUCUCUCCCCUCUCCUGAACACUCUUGCCUAUAGUCUCAGAAACAAGGAAGUUGAGUUUGUUUUUGUGACAGGUGAUAUUAUCUUCUCUGGUGUCAACCAUCUGCAAGGUGCAAUGACCCAGGUGCACCUGGUAGCUCGCCUGGCCAGCUCUCAGGGGAGUGUGCCAUGGAGGGCCUCAGCCCAUAAGGAGACUUUGUCAUCUCCACUUUCAUUACCUUUCAGUGCUGUAAAGUACCAUUAUAGUAGCACUUACCUAGGGCCAGGAAUUAGUGGGUUUGUGGCUGGAGGCAACUCACGUUUUGUGGGAGACCUGAGACACCAUGUCUACCCCACUCUCCUGACCCCGUAUUACAAAGAUCUGCUCUCUUUGUCUCUGGAAGCGAUCCUUUGGACCUGUGAAGGCUACACCUUUUGCACUCUCUUUGCGGAGGUGGUUCCUUACUUCACCUGA